AUGCGGUCGCCAAAACCCCCCCAAAUCACUGCUUCAUCCGGCCGUUCAGUGCGCGCCAAAUCGGCAAAAGGAGGAGAGAAGCAGGCUGCUAAGAAAAAACUUCGUGCUGUUGCUGCAAACAUACAUGAGAGCGAGGGGCCAGGAGAUCCUGUGCCUUCAACUCCUCCUCUGGUUUCUAGCGAGGAUGAAACAGGAGGAAACGCAUGCAAGAGUGUUAACAAUGGGCGAUCCGGAUGCGAGGCUACACGAGAUGCUUUGCAGAGGUCGCCGGAGCCAAGUUUGCCGGCUGUAGGAGGCAAGAAAAAGAGGAAAUCGUUGCCUACGGCCACUCACGCGUCGACAACAGCGGCAGGAGGAAUGGGGGAAAUGGAGAAUGGUCAAAAUCAUCUCCAGCGAGAGCUGGAACAUGAAGCAGCAGAAACAGCUGAAACUGUAGUGUACAGACGAAGCGGUAUUUUGGAUACUUCUGUAACAUUUCAAGAGUUCGGGGCAAUGCAUCUUGACAGGCGUAUCACAAAAGUUCUUACAGAUGAGCUCAACCUCAAACACCCCACUCAUGUGCAGGCACAGGUAGUACCGGCUGCGCUGACUGGGCGUGACUUGCUGGUUGAGGGCAAAACCGGAAGCGGAAAGACGCUUGCAUAUUUGCUGCCACUUCUUCAGCGGCUUCUGUUACAGCAGGAACAGCAACAGCAGCAGGAUUGCAUGGGUGAAAGAGUAACUCUGCCCCCCUUCUCCGCCAUCGUACUGGUACCCACUAAGGAGCUCUGCAUUCAGGUGUACGGAGUUCUUUUGGAACUGCUAAAGUACACAAACGAUAUAGUGACUGUCUCCCACACAGCGGGCGCCCUUCCUCGAGGCGCCUCCGGGGGCGCUUUGUUGGUGCCUACCACGGUGAUUGUGGGUACUCCCACAGGUUUGCUGCAAUAUUUGGAGCAGCUGCGGCAGCAGCAGCCAAGUAUCGAGCUCCAGCUGUCGCUGGAAAUGCUGGUAGUGGACGAGGCGGAUUUGCUGUUUGCUUUUGGAUUUGAGAAAGACACCAGGCGACUCCUACAGCUGCUUCCGUCGACCGCAAGCAGACACUACCAAAGCCUUCUCGUUUCCGCAACUCAAAAUCAAGAGCUUUCCCAGCUUCAGAGCUUGAUGCUGCACAAGCCUCUAAUAAUCCGCAUCGAGGAAGAGACGGGGAAACAGGGGCAGCUCGGGGCACCCGGUUCCAUUGGCGAGUUUUAUUUUCAGGUUCCAACAGACUCAGAGAAAUGGAUGGUGGCCUACGCAUUUCUUCGUCUUGGCCUAGUGCCACUUAAAUGCCUUGUCUUUUGCAAAGAUGUUGCGAAUGUGUACGCGUUGCGCUUGUUUCUCGAUCGCUUUGGAAUUCCAAGCUGCGUCCUAAGUCCAACCCUGCCUGUUGCAGCUCGCGAACAACAAAUUCAAGCGUUUAAUCAGGGUCUCGUAGACAUCCUGAUUACAUGCGAUGGGCAGUGCGGGAAGGGGGAUGACCCUUUUCAAGGAGUGAGUAAGGAAGAAGACGAUAAAAUAGGAAAGGGAGAGGGACUUGAAUUGUCCAACGAAUCUCGUGGCACGCGGAAAAGGGAACAGGCUUCAAAGGCAAAGGAUGCAGAGUUCGCUGGGCAUAGAGGCCUCGACUUGCAGGGCGUUGCAUGUGUCUUUAAUUUUGAUGCCCCAGCUUCCUUUAAGUCGUAUGUGCACAGAAUUGGCCGGACCGCCCGCGGCGGCGCUGCUGGUGUUGCAGUGACUCUGAUCGAUGCUUCUCAGGAAGAGCAGAAAAUGCUCUUGCAGCAGUUGUUUACUUUAAGACGCUCUCUAGAAGCUCAUGGCGAGAGUACGCUCACCCCACUGUCUCUACAACUACAGGAUAUAGAGUGUUUUCGCUACAGAGUGGAGGAUGUGCGGCGGGGGCUCACCAAGAGGGUCAUUGCGGCUGCUGUCGCGCGGGAUUUGCAACAGCAGCUGCUGAAUUCGAGGAAGCUCAAGGAGUUUUUUGAAAGGAAUCCUAGGGAUAGAGAAGUACUUAAGCGGGCGUGCAAACAGCUGAAGGAUAUCAAUGUCUCAAAGGGCCACUUGGAGCAUCUUCCAGAUUACCUAAUGACCCAGACACAGCCAACCCAAAUGACAGCUGUUCAACUUGCAAUCCAGCAGCAAAAGGCAGGAGAGGGAACAGGGAAAGGCCACCGCAGCGGUGCUCGGCGUCGUUCAGCCAGUGAUCCUCUCAAGUCAUUCAAAGCAGCAGUGGACCGUGGUACUUCUGCAUGGAAACGCAAGGGGUCGAAGUCUGCAGCAAUAUCGCGGGCAACACAGCUUGCCAAGAUGCCUCGUCAUCCGGAUGAGGUUCCUGCGGAGGCACUGCCCGCUAUAUCCGGUAGAAAACUGUGGAAACUUAGACAUAAUAAGCGAGUAGGUGUGAAAGGACCUAAGGGGAACUUCCUUAGAAAGAGAAGCGUUAAGGGUCUUCGUAAGAAAUGA